AGGAAUCCUGUUCUCUCCCCACCCCACCCUGCGUUGCACGGGUCCUUGCACGCGCUAGUGAGCACUCAGUCCUUGCACGGCUUGUGCACAGAGAGCCUGGGGGCGGCGGAGGCUGGGCCCAGGAGAGUGUGUGGAGGGGGGAGUGUGCUGGGGGGGUGUCUCUGCUCCAUGGUAUUUGGGGGGGAACGGGGGGGUGUCGUCUCAGGUUCUGGUGCGGGGAGACGGACCCUGUUAGCUCCAGUAGCAGAGGGUUAACCCCACCCCACCCCCCAGCGACGGUUUGUUUACAUUGGGUCUCCACGCGCCUGCUCCCCCCGCCUCCUGAUUGGCUUCCCCUGUCACUGGGGCCCCCCCCGCAGAAUCCCGGGUGUGUGGGGGGGGGAGUUGGGAGCCGGCAGAUAAAUGGGUGCUGGAAGGGGGCAGGGGGGCACGUCGACGGGGCCAUGGAGCCCCUCGAGCUGGACAGGAUUCGCUGCGAGGUGUCCCGAGGCCUCUGGGUGUUCAGGAAACAGCUGGGGACCCAGCUCACCGUCUAUCUGGGCAAGCGGGACUUCGUGGAUCACCUGGACCGGGUGGACCCCGUGGAUGGCGUGGUGCUGGUGGACCCUGAGUACCUGAAGGAUCGGAAAGUGUUUGUGACGCUGACCUGCGCCUUCCGCUACGGGCGCGAGGACUUGGACGUGCUGGGCCUGUCGUUCCGGAAGGAUCUGUUCUCGGCCACCCGCCAGGCCGUGCCCCCCCUGCCCGAGGAACGGCGCCCCCCCACCCGCCUGCAGGAGCGGCUGCUGCGCAAGCUGGGGCCCCAGGCCCACCCCUUCGCCUUCACGAUCCCACAGAACCUGCCCUGCUCUGUGACGCUACAGCCCGGCCCAGAGGACACGGGCAAGGCUUGCGGGGUCGAUUUUGAGAUCCGAGCUUUCUGUGCCAAAUCCCUGGAAGAAAAGAUUCACAAAAGGAACUCGGUGCGGUUGGUGAUCCGGAAGGUGCAGUAUGCGCCCGAAAAGCCCGGCCCCCAGCCCAUGGCCGAGACCACCCGGCACUUCCUCAUGUCGGACCGGUCCCUGCACCUGGAAGCCUCGCUGGACAAGGAGCUCUAUUACCACGGGGAGCCCAUCAGCGUGAACGUGCACGUGACGAACAACUCCAGCAAGAGCGUGAAGAAGAUCAAAGUCUCGGUGCGGCAAUACGCAGACAUCUGUCUCUUCAGUACGGCCCAGUACAAGUGUCCGGUGGCCCAGACCGAGCAAGAUGACCAGGUGUCGGCCAGCUCCACGUUCUGCCGGGUUUACACCCUGACGCCGCUGCUGAGCCAGAACCGGGAGAAGCGGGGCCUGGCGCUGGACGGGAAACUCAAACACGAGGACACCAACCUGGCCUCCAGCACCAUAGUCAAGGAGGGGGCGAACAAGGAGGUGCUGGGGAUUCUGGUCUCGUACCGUGUGAAGGUGAAGCUGGUUGUCUCACGGGGGGGUGACGUGUCCGUGGAGCUGCCCUUCGUCCUAAUGCACCCUGAGCCCCGCGAGGAGUUCGCACUGGCACGGCCCCAGUCAGUUGUCCCAGAGAUGGACGUGCCCGUCGACACCAACCUCAUCGAAUUUGAAACCCACUAUGGCCAGGACGACGACAUUGUCUUCGAGGAUUUCGCCCGCCUGCGGCUCAAGGGGGAAGUCAAGGAUGACCAGGACGAUGACCAUUUCUGAGGGCGGGGGAGGGAGCUGGGCAGCUGACCUCCCUCCCCAUAGCAGAGCUGGGGCCUGGCUCUGGAUGGAGGGGGGGGGGGAGAUUUUAACUGUGUCUGUUUGGGCUUUUUAUGCUGUGUUGCCCCCCCAUGAGGGGGCCCCCACUAAAGCCUCCCAAUCUCACUGCUGUACAGGGGGGCCCCCAGAACCCAGGUCUGGCUUUUAAAUGUCAUUAACUUGGGGGGUCUCCUUUUCUUCCCGAACCCCCAAGAUUUUAACCAUGGCUCCUCUCCUGAGCUCUGGAAGGGGUAACCCCCCUACUCCAGGGGAAAGCUGCUCCCCCCACGGCCCCCCCAGUGAAAAGCACUGGACUCCUCUCUGGGCAUUAUUGCUGCUUAGACACCCAUGGCCCCUGUUCAUCGAUCUGUGGACUUUUACACCUGUUUUCAUUCUGGGGGGGUCCCUGCCUCCCAUAUCUGCUGUAGGGACCCCUGCCUGGUGAGGGUGGAAUCAGGACCUGGCGCCCCCUCUGGGGGGGGGCCUGCGGAUGCUCGUGCUGGGCGUUGGGGAUUUCAGGUUUUUGUGGCAGUUGCGCUAUAGCCGUCGGGGGGGGCUCUCAGAGCACUGGGACAAGUAAAGAAAAUAUCAACUGGU